AAGUAUCGAUAAACAUUUUUAACUUCAUAUCGAUUAUUUAUCAUUGGUUUGUUUGGUUGGGUUUUUACUUCUGCGAUUCUCCAAUUAUGCAGCGAAAACCCAUACAUGAAGGCAGCCCAAGGGCUUUUAACCAAAUUGGGAAACCAAACAUCGACGGAGAUGCCCAUAGUUACGAAGAAGGUUCUUCUUCGGCUAGCGAGCCAGAGACCAACAAGGAGGAGGACCAGCCGGUGGCUCCAGAGACGCCGGCGACACCCAAAAUUCGAGGAAGAAGUCCACGAACACCCAGAACGGGCGAAUCUUUUCAGCGCAAUAGGAGUGGAAGCAGGCCGAGUGUAGACCUAACGAUCAAUGAGGAAAAUCAAACGCCAAAGGCAUGGCUAGGCGUUGUCUUCGUCAUAGUCAUAGCUAUUAUUUCGGUUUACUUUAAUAAGAGUGUUAAUAAGAAUGAUAAGGUUUCGCGUAAAACUUGUGCUUUCGAAGGACUUCGUAGAAAGCUGCCUACUCAACCGGAAAUUGUGUGGAGAGCCUUGCAAAAUGGUAUCGAAGGACUCGUCAACAAGGAAGCUAACCGUCCCAGUGUGUUUUUAUUCCUACAUGACGACCAGCGGCAGCAGAAACUAAUCGGCGACAUUGCCAACGAAGCAUCCAGCUGCUUUGGUGGCCCCAGUCAACUGAUUCAUAUGAGCAAGGAAGAUUUCGGUCUGGAAAAUGGUGACUACGGCUUAGCCAUAGAACGCUUCAAGGCAAAGGUCAACAAAGGAAGUAAAGUAUUCCUUAUCGUCAAUCUCAACGAACUUCCCCCCAAUGGAGCUCGAGCAUUGCACACGAUCUGUGAUGUCUACUCUCCCCUCGUAGAGGAUGCGGUUAUAUUUCUAACAUUGCGCGCGGCCCGAACCAGGAGUGCUAAGAACUCCGUGACGCUAGCCAUGGACACUUUGUACAAAUUGUGGGAGAAGGAGUUACGAGACAAUGAGCUAGAUCCUCUUCUAGCGCGAGUGACUGAUCAAGUUUUGCAUUUGAAUAGUUAGGCGUUUUUUUUCAUUUUUACAUUAAAUUUAUUUUAUAUUUUUCGGGUCUUUUAUACACGAAUAAAAUCAUAGCUUCAAGCUAAUAAAAUUCAAAACUUAA